AUGGUCCUUACCAAAUUUCGAAAGAGAGCAGUAGAAGAUAUAGAGGCGGCUCAGGAGUUAAUGGAUCAGAAAAAACAAAACCUGUUUUUAUUAAAAGAAUUGCGAAAACGAUUACAGAGUAGCUGCGAUAAAUUAAAUGAGAAAAAUAAUAAGUACAUCGAUUUCGUUCAGAAUUGCGCACCAGAGACAGCGUCCAGGGAGGAAGAAGUAUACUGGCAGUAUGCCCAAAAAGAUGAUGGGCUUUUAGAAGUUAUAGUCAAGGACACGGAUGCGGUAGACAAAAUUUUGUACUCGAUUGAAGAGGUGCAAGGUAAACAAAAGGUAAAAAAUAAGCUGGCUUCAAAUCACGCAGAAACUAAUACAAGUCUGUAUGAACAAACGGAGCAUAAGGUACCCAAAAUUACGCUGCCCACCUUAAAUCGGGAUCUCUUGAACUCGGACGGGUUUUGGGAGAGUUUUUCAGCAUUUGUAGAUUCUAAAGAUUUAUAUUCCGUUCAAAAAUUUCCAGAAUUAAAAGGAUCCCUCAGAGAUAGAAGAUUAAGCGCCAUAGAAUGUAAAAUGCCAUAA